GAUCUCCGCACCGCAGCUAGGCUCCCUUAACUUGUAUUCCCUCCUAUAAACCCCGUGUAUGCCUAGUCGUCUGCCUGCCCUAUAUUUGACGUUACGAACAAUGGAUGCCAAAGUUCGGUGGCAUCCCAUUUCCAUCUAAGCUAGGUCGAUCCUCGCAGGACGCCUCAUAUUGUUGGCGAUAAUCCUCGACGCCCUCCAUCUGUGCCACGAUCUCAACCGAGAUACGACACCACCGAGAUUGUGCAUCGUUCGAUCUAGCCAACAAAUCAACAAUCCGCCUGUCCUUGCCUUCGCUAUAUCUAUCAGGCUACACGUAGCCCGGGCUUCGACGACUUCAGGAUGCAUCAAACUCCCCGCGCCCCGCCUCGUACAGCCUCCCCCGCCUUGUCACAACAAACAAAUCCCACAAGAACGAAUAAUCAGAGAGAUCCAGGGAGUCCUGGGUCUGGUUCGUCAUCUAGACCAAGCUCCCGAGCUCAGGAGAGGACAACGACAGGAGCGGGUGGAGGCAAUCGUGGAGAUGGAGGUCCUACUCGUGAUUCCGUUAAGAAAUUAGACCAGAUUAUCCAGAAUAUCUACUCGAAAGCCGGCACCGUAAUAUUACAGACACGCAUGCAAGUAACUCCGAUUCUCGUGGGCAAGUCCCUGGAAAGGAGAACGAGUAGAUGGUUUCAACUUGACACCGACGAUAUCGAUGAUUUUCGAGAAGAGUUCCGUGUAUGGAAACAAUGCGGCGGAUUUGAAAAUCGCCCACCUCCUUUGGUGAUCGAAACUUACCUUGACACAUCUCGAUUAAAAGGUGGCCAAAGCUUGGUAAUUCUGGAUGAAAACGGGAAGAGAUGGGACGUUGUCGAGGCCCUUAACUCCUCUGAUCAAUCUAGCGACAGCAGCUCUGGCCGCCAGGGAAAACCAAUCACCCGCCUUGUAUUAGAGCGAUGGCGUGUCGAGCUCAAGGGAAAGCCCCCUGAUCAGCUAGACGACUUUGGUCUACUGCUUCCUACGGUGUACAAGAAGGCGAUUGUCUUGAUGCGAUCUAUAUACACGACUACAGGUCUCUUGCCCGCCUGGAAACUCGCCAGGAAUUCUAAGACAAAGGGUACCCAUCCCGCCCUAGCGGUCCGCUGCCGAGUCUUCUCAGGGGAUUCUCCUACGUAUGGAUCGGACACCCUGAGGAUACCUUUAUUCGAUGGCAGAGGGGAUGUCUCCACCGAUUAUGUGUUUGGUGAUCUCGAAGUCCCUGUCGGACGGUUUUACGUUUCUGUGUCCUACCGCAACCACUGCAACUUCCAAGUGGUUGAUUCCGAAUCUUUGCUGAGCUCACGCAUCGGUAUUGCCAUAUCUGAUGACGUAUUCAAGCCAUCGUUGCCUCACCAUGGCCAUGGACGUCGCGAAUCAUACACCCCCGAACCCGGGUCGCUUCCAUAUUAUCGGCAUGCGCAGAACAUCACGGAAAAUCAGCAACGAUACGGUAGUUUAUCCACGUUUCACGGUGAAGGACCGAUUGGCACAAGCCCUAUAUCGGCAUUAAAGGCAGUAAAAGCCCCAGGUUCGGACACCAGCUCGCCGCCUGAGUCCAGACCUGCGAGCAUUGAAGCCCACCCUCAUACCCUCCCAAUUGCCAACCACGCCCGUCGACCGUCCCUUAGAGGGAUAGAUACCUCGCGGCGUCCAUCCGUCUCGUUCCAGUCUUCACCUUUCAAGCAUGGCUCUCUUUCGGGAUCGCCCGCGUUGAGGCCGCAGGACCCGGACGUUCCACCGUCGCCUCAAUCUCUCAAUCGCCCUUCGAGUUUUAACACGCAUGUGAGAAAUCGCUCUUCAUUGACGGCUGGGAUGCCGGCUUCCCUACGUGGGGCGCCACUCCCUGCUCCGGCAGAUAACUCUCUUGCUAGUUCGCCGAGGCCAUCUGUCUCUAAUCGGUUUAGUAGCAGCUUUGGGCAUCGGCGCAGUCGGCCGUCUCUUAGUGGCACCAGUAGGGUAGAUGACGAUCAAAACAGCAGUGGCAAGCAAAGUUUAUCGUCUUCGGCUGUCCAGCCGGGCUCCGGCUUGUUGAACGAGAUUGGCGCAGGUGGCAGUUCUGGAUCUUUCCAAACUGAUGACGAAAGCAUACAGAACUUCUUGAAAAUGAUCGAAAGCAAGAAAACAUUAACAAGUUUCGACUCUUCUAAAAAGGGAGAGUCGGCGACUAAGAAGACGGCGGCUCAGCUUUCGAAGUUUCACCUUAUGCGUGAGUCGAAUAAUGCGCUUACUGAAUCCAUGAAUUCGUCUAUGCAGCUUCAGCGUUCAUCCAGCUCUUCUAGCCGUCAGCUAACCAAUGUGCCGGGCAUGUCAACAUCAUCGUCCCCGGGGAAGCCGUUGUCACCACAUACGCCACAUACACCGGCUAUUCCAUCUCGCUUAAGCGAGAAUUCGAGUGUUGAUUAUGCGCCUACUACAAGGGUUGCGUCACGAUCGCGCAACGUUGAGGGUCUUGCCGAAGAGCCUACCGUCAGCACACAAGCCACCCAUGAGGGCACGACGGCUAUCGACAUCCCUACAUCGCCAAGGCCUUAUCCACAUGCUAGGCGAUCCAGUUCAGUUGCUCAUCAGAAUCGGGCACUGGUUGACGAUGACGACGUUGACGCCCAUCGCAGUAUUAGCCUUGGUGCGGAAGACCGUGAACCUCCUAGCCUUAGCGUCCUGUUAGGACUAGGUUCUGAUGAACCAACUAAUGCGGUAGAUUCGCCGGGCCUACGAUCUGCUGCUGAUAUCAGGGCAACAAGUCCUCCAGAUAUGCUUGGGCAAGAAUCAGAAUCUGUUGAGCGUGAAGUCCGACCCCCAGGCGGGCUUUAUUCCGGGUUCUCGAGCUCGCCAUAUAAUAGGCGUUACGGCAGCGCCGCCGGUCGAGGCAUUACGCCUCCUCACUCCGGAAGCGGUAGCCUAGUCGGGUCUAGCGGUAGAUUCGGUAGAGGUUAUUCACGUGGGGGCGCUACUGGCCUCGGCGUGACGGGUGCUGGCGCGGAUGAGCCUGACGAUGAGCCGCUUCUAUUCGAUAUGUCAGAAAUUACUCGCGAACAAUCUCGUCGCAGCCUUGAGGAAGCCAGGGGCGGCGGAAGCGUAGGGUCCAGUGGUGACAGAGGGGCCUAUGAGACCAGUCAUAGGAGUCGUCGUUGGUAACGAAUUUAUGUUGCAGCACCAUCCGCCUAUGACCUGAAACGAGUUUGCACUUUGCAUUUCUGCGUUGCUUAGAUGUUGUGUAAUGUUUGUAUUGGGUGUGGGUCGACGAUGUAGGAAGCUGGGAAGCAGUCCGG